CAACAAGCCAUGUUCUCGAGACGUUUCACUCUGCUUUGAAGAGGAUUCCAGUCUCGUGACCCACAGUACUUGGUCUCCUGAAGAAAGUCCAGUCUACUGUGCCGUCACCUUCACCAAAGAACAUGGAGAAGUUGAUAUUGGAAAGGCCUGUUUCUGUGUCUAAGGAUGAAAUGCCUACACUUCCUUCCCAGGAGAAGCCAGAUAUGAACUCAUGCCCUCAUGCACCUGGCAAAUAUUUUCUCCCUGGUGGGAUGGACAAUGAGAACUGCAAGGCUAAUGAGAAGGAAAUGGAUUGGAUCCGCCCUGAUACACCUAGCAAAUGCACGUGGAAGCUUGGGAAACCCCCAUCUGCCUCCCCCCAUCGUCAUACCACUCUGCCGGAGCCUCUGAAGAUCCUGCCAAGCAUCCUGAAUAAAGUUGGCAAUACACCCAUGGUGCGAAUCAACAAGAUUGGGAAGCAGUAUGGGCUCAAGUGUGAACUCUUGGCAAAAUGUGAGUUCUUCAAUGCUGGGGGCAGCGUGAAGGAUCGCAUCAGCCUGAGGAUGGUAGAGGAUGCUGAAAAAGCUGGGAUCUUGAAGCCUGGGGACACUAUCAUAGAGCCAACCUCUGGAAACACAGGAAUUGGCCUGGCCUUGGCUGCGGCAGUGAAGGGUUACCGCUGUAUCAUUGUGAUGCCAGAGAAAAUGAGUAUGGAGAAGGUGGAUGUCCUGAGAGCUCUGGGUGCUGAGAUUGUGAGGACGCCAACUACUGCCAGAUUUGAUUCUCCUGAAUCUCACGUGGGAGUAGCAUGGAGACUGAAAAACGAAAUCCCCAAUGCACAUAUACUAGACCAGUACCGUAAUGCCAGCAACCCCCUGACGCACUAUGACACCACAGCUGAAGAGAUCCUGCAGCAGUGCGAAGGAAAAAUAGACAUGCUGGUGGCUACGGCUGGCACAGGAGGUACUAUCACUGGCAUCUCUAGAAAGCUAAAGGAGAAGUGUCCAGGUUGCAAAAUUAUAGGUGUUGAUCCUGAAGGCUCCAUCCUUGCUACACCAGAAGAACUAAACAAGACUGACAAGACAAUGUAUGAAGUGGAAGGAAUCGGAUAUGAUUUUGUCCCCACGGUGUUGGAUAGAUCUACAGUGGACCAGUGGUACAAGAGCAAUGAUGAGGAGUCGUUUGCUUUAGCACGUAUGCUGAUCCGAGAGGAAGGACUGCUGUGUGGUGGCAGCUCAGGCAGUGCCAUGUCUGUAGCUGUGAAGGCAGCCAAAGAGCUGAAGGAAGGUCAGCGCUGUGUUGUUAUCCUUCCUGACUCUGUCAGGAACUACAUGUCCAAGUUCUUGAGCGACAAAUGGAUGAUUCAGAAAGGGUUCAUGAAAGAAGAAGACCUUGUCAAAAAACCUUGGUGGUGGAACAUCAGUGUUCAGGAAUUAAGCCUCUCUGCUCCCCUGACUGUGCUCCCAACUGUUACCUGCGCAAAGACUGUUGAAAUUCUCCGGGAGAAGGGAUUUGACCAGGUACCAGUUGUUGACGAAUCUGGGGUAAUUUUGGGCAUGGUUACCCUAGGUAACAUGCUUUCUUCACUGCUUGCUGGAAAAGUUCAGCCUUCUGACGAAGUCAGCAAAGUAAUCUACAAGCAGUUUAAACAGAUUAACCUGAAAGAUAACUUGGGGAAACUCUCUCAUAUCCUGGAAAUAGACCACUUUGCUUUAGUGGUUCAUGAACAAAUUCAGUAUCACACUGAUGGUUCCUCCAGUAAGCGGCAAAUGGUGUUUGGCAUCGUCACAGCCAUCGACCUGCUUAACUUUGUGACUGCACGAGAACGGGAAAGAAAGUCCAACUAAAGUCAAGUAGCAACGUGGAGCCUCUUCAACAACAUUUUGCAAUCUCCAACAAAGAAUCCAAUUUAUUUCUUAGGUAGAAUGGUCUGUCCUUAGGGUGGUUUUGUUUUUUUUUU